AUGGACGACCUCCUCGACCUCGACUUUGCCUCGUCGUCGUCGUCUGCCCCGCCAGCUCCCCGCGGCCGCUCGGCAUUCGACUACCUCGCGCGCUCGACCGCCUCAGCCCAGCAGCAGCAACAGCCAGCACGCGCACCAGCACCAGCACCACCCCGAGCUGCAGCACAGCCCCAGCCCCAGCCUGCCCGAGCACCGGCGGGCACGGGCGACGCCUUCUCGAGCCUGUUUGGCACGUCGUCGCAUCCCGCUUCCGCAACCCCGCCCCUCAGCAUGCAGGCCCGCCUCGAGCACGACAGCGCGCUCAAGAUCGGUGGGCUUGGUGCACGUGCGGGCUCGGGGGCGUCGUUGGGCGGGCUCGGUGGGGGAGCUCCCGGUGGGAACCGCUCUGGCUCGACGCCCCCGCUCCUGCAGCCGACGCAGCAGCGCGGCGCGUCCCCCUCGCCCUCCCUCUUGACCCCCACCUCGCGCACCGCGUCGCCCCUCUCGCCCUCGUUCCCUCCUCCUCCUCACACUGCCUCCCGAGCACCCGCACCCGCACUCGCACCGAGCGUCGCCAAGGGCGUGUGGGACUUUGACCUCCUGACGAGCGCCGUGCCCGUGCCCGUGCCCGCCAAGUCGCCCUCGCCAGCUCCCUCUCGCGCGCCCGCACGACCCGCACCCGCACCCGCCGCCGACGACGACGACGACCCGCUGUUCGACCUCGGCUUCGGAUCGGCGCCUGCCCCCACUGGCGCAGCCCGGCAGCCGGCGCCGCGCGACGGCGGCGGCGGCGACGACGGGUUCGACCUCCUCGACGCGUUCGCCGCCCCCGCGCGCCCCUCGCCCCCUCCCACCACCGCCGCCGCCGCCGACGCCCCUCGCCGCGCCACGCCGUCCCCCUCUGCGCCCUCGCCCACCCCGAGCCCGAGCCCGAGCCCGACCGCGCGCCCGCCGCCUCACCUCGUCGCCCACCUCGUCGAGAUGGGCUUCCCUCGCCGCGCCGCGUCGGCCGCGCUCGUCGCGUCGUACCGCACUGCGCCUGCAUCCGCAUCCGGACAGCAGAACGGGUGGGACCUCGAGGCGGCGCUCGAGGUGCUCGAGAAGGAGGAGCGGCGGACGCGGCAGCGGGGGGAGGCGCAGGAGCGGGAGCAGGCGAAGCGCGGCGAGGAGCAGCGCCGGCACCGCCCAGCUGCCACCGCAGCCGACGCGCCCGUCGCGCCGACCUCUCGGCCGCGCGCCCGCCCGCCCACCACCACCACCGCCGCCGCCGCCGCCGCCGCCGCCGACGGCCCGCCGCACCAGCAGCCGCUCGACGCCGCGCGCGUCCUGCAGGACCAAGCGGGCGACAUGCUCCUCUCUGCGCAAAAGCUCGGCUUCAGCAUGUUCAAGAGCGCCAAUGCGCUCCUCGGCGAGGGCAAAAAAGCGCUCGCGAGGAGGAUCGAGGAGCAGAGGGCGGCGGGAGCGGCGGCUGGAGCGGGAGCGGGAGCGGGGAGGGAUGGGAGGACGGGCGAGAGGGAGAGGGGGAGGGAGGGCGCCGCCGCGCAGCAGGGAGCGGGGAGGCCGAGGUGGUGGACCGAGGAGAUGGAGCGCGAGGAGCAGGAGGACAAGCGGCGCGCGGCGCGCGCCGAGGGCCGGGCGCCGCCGCCGCCGCCGCCGUCGUCGAGCUUCCGGGACGACGACGAGGAGGUCCUCCCCGCGCGGCCGUUCGCCGAGGGCCUCGAGGCGCCCGCUCCUCGAGCCCCAGCAGCAGCGCCGGCGGCGGGCGAGUACCGCUCGCCGUUCCGGCGCGCAAAGGCGGCUGCACCGCCCGCUGUUGCCGAGGCGGACCUCCUCUCGGGCGCACCCGCACCCGCGCCCGCUCGCUCGACGCCGUCGCCCUCCCUCGCGCCGACCACGAGCCGCGCCGGCGCCCCUCCCGCACGCGCCUCACCCUCGCCCUCGCCCUCGCCCUCGACCACCGCCUCUCGCGGGCCGACCCCAACCCCCACCCCUCGCCGCACCGGCGCCAGCGCCCCCUCCUCGCGCCCUCACCUCGCCAUCUCCCCCGCCGCCCUCGCGUCCGCCACCUCGCACAAGGCGCGGGGCAACUCUCACUUCAAGCUCGGCCGGUUCGGCGACGCGACCGUCGCCUACUCGCGUGCGCUCGAUGCGCUCCCGAGAGGGUGGGUCGGGCGCGUCCCGCUGCUCAACAACAGGGCCCAGGCGCGCCUCAGGUCGGGCGAGGACAAGCUCGCGGUCGAGGACUGCGGCGAGGCGGUCGAGGUCUUGCUCGGCGGCGGCGGCGGCGGAGGAGGAGGAGCGGGCGAGCCGGACCUCGCGGCGCUCGAGGCGGAUGGCGCCGAGCUCCCGCCCGAGGUCAUCGAGCUGUACGGCGGCGCCGGCGCCGGCGGCGGUGGGGCGUCGGUCGACCUCAAGGACCAGCUCGGCAAGGCGCUCGGGCGCCGCGCAAAGGCGCUCGAGGCGCUCGAGAAGUGGUCAGCGGCGCGCGACGACUGGGAGCGCGUGCAGCGCUCGGGCGACGAGGUGGUCCUGAGGGGCGCCGGCGGCGCAAAGAUGGUCGGCGACGGCGUCGCGAGGUGCAGGAAGAUGCUCAACCCGGCACCGCCCCCAUCGUCGUCGGCUCCGGGACCGUCUUCCACCUCGUCCUCGGCCCGACCCGCCCCGACUCGACCUGCCGCCGCCGCCGCCGCCGCCGCCUCGCGCCCCAAGCCCCGCCCCGCCGUGCAGGGUUCGGGCGACGCCGUGCGUGCGCUCCAGGCGCAGCAGGCCGCCGCAGCCGCCGAGGACGACGAGCGGCACGCGCUCAAGGACAGCGUCGACGCGCGCGUCGCGGCGUGGAAGGGCGGCAAGGAGGCCAACCUGCGCGCGCUCAUCGCGAGCCUAGACAAAGUGCUCUGGCCAGAGCUCGGGUGGAAGAAUGUCGGCAUGCACGAGCUCAUCAGCGAGGGGCAGCUCAAGGUGCGGUACGUGCGCGCGAUCGCAAAGUUGCACCCGGACAAGCUCAACGUCGCCAACACGACCGUCGAGCAGCGCAUGGUCGCCGCGCUCGUGUUUGCCGCCCUCAACGACGCGUGGAACGGCAUGAAUGUCGUGUCCGAUGAGAGCUAG